AUGGGUAGGGUACACAGCCCCGGGUCCAUAAAACAAAGCUGGCUCGUUGCUUGUGUUUUAUAUCGUCAUUCCUUUUAUCGAAUACUCUGUUUCAGUAGAGUAGGGUUGGACGACGUUUUUUCCUUUUUUUUUUUUUUUGACGGCGCUUUUUGCGUCAGCUCUUUCUGCGAUUUCAGCGAAAAUUGCCGGGCUUGCUUUAAAUUCGACGACGACGGAUCUCCGCUUGUAGGUACCCUGGCAAAAAUAGAUUUUAUUCAGCUGGCGGAGUUCUCAAAAAAUAUAAGGGUUGGUCUAGUAGACCGUUACUUAUACGCUGGUAAUAAGGAGUUAUUAUCGCCCAACUGCCUCAUAAGGAGCGAGAGUGUUUGUGUGAGGACAAGAGUGAUUCUACUUCUCCAAGACUCUCGAGAGGUUUUUAUACGUGAUGUAUUGUUAGAUUCGUCUUAG